AUGGAUCUCAAUGGGCUAAUCAGAGCUCAUUCAAGUGCCAUCCGACCAGAUUUGACAGCUCCCAACAAGUUAUUGAGGCUUCGGUUCUCUCUCGAACACAUUGUGUAUGAUAGGAUAUGCAAUGUCCUAAAGUUCAAGAAUAUGCACAAUGUAGUGCAUGUUGAUGAGAAGUGGUUCUACAUCACAUCAAACCACAAAUUUUACUUGACUCCAGCAGAAAUAGAUCCACAUCGCACAUGCAAAAGUAAGAAGUUCAUUAAAAAGGUUAUGUUCCUAUGUGCAGUGUGUAGGCCUUUAUUCAAUGAAGAUGGGAGUGUGUUAUUCGAUGGCAAGAUAGGGAUUUUCCCUUUCACUGAGAUGGUACCAGCCAAAAGAACAAGCAAGAACAGGGAGGCUGGAACAAUGGAAGAGAAACCAAUUCAGUCCAUCACUAAACAAGUGAUGAAGGACUGCUUUAUCUACAAGCUAAUUCCAGCAAUUAUGGCCAAAUGGCCCCAAUUUGCAAGCAAAACUAUAUACAUACAACAAGAUAAUGCUAUGCCACAUAUAAAAAACAGUGAUCCAGGUUUCAGAGAUGCAGCAACAACAAAUGGUUUUGAUAUCAAGAUUGUUCAUCAACCUCCAAAUAGCCCAGACACCAACAUCAAUGACUUGGGUUGGUUUAGGGCUAUUCAAAGCUUGCAAGUACAAUCAGUUUGCACAAAUGAAGGAGAGCUAGUGAAGGCAGUUCAGAAAUCUAAGAGGGCAGAAUUGUUACAAGCUCCCACACAUGAAGAAGAGAUGCUUGCAAGACUGGGUGCACUUCCAAUGGCAUUAGAAGUGUCAAAAGACCUUGUGGAAGAGUGCAUUGGAUAUUUGCUUGAAAAAGGAGUGGUGGAGGGCAUAGACCAACUGAAAAAUGCAGUUGGGAUUAGAGCCUAA